CAUUAGAUUAAAAAGAUGUCCCUGUAUGAUGACCUGGGAGUAGAGACCAGUGACUCAAAAACAGAAGGCUGGUCCAAAAACUUUAAACUUCUGCAGUCUCAGCUUCAGGUGAAGAAAGCAGCUCUCACUCAAGCAAAGAGCCAGAGGACAAAACAAAGUACAGUCCUUGCCCCAGUCAUUGAUCUAAAGCGAGGUGGUUCAUCAGAUGACAGGCAAAUUGUGGACACACCACCACAUGUAGCAGCUGGCCUGAAGGACCCUGUUCCCAGUGGGUUUUCUGCAGGGGAAGUUCUAAUUCCCUUAGCUGAUGAAUAUGAUCCUAUGUUUCCUAAUGAUUAUGAGAAAGUGGUGAAGCGCCAGAGAGAGGAACGACAGAGGCAGCGGGAGCUGGAAAGACAGAAGGAAAUAGAAGAAAGGGAAAAGAGGCGUAAAGACAGACAUGAAGCUAGUGGGUUUUCAAGGCGACCAGAUCCAGAUUCUGAUGAGGAUGAAGAUUAUGAGCGAGAAAGGAGGAAAAGAAGUAUGGGAGGAGCUGCCAUCGCCCCACCUACUUCUCUUGUAGAAAAAGACAAAGAGCUACCCCGAGAUUUUCCUUAUGAAGAGGACUCAAGACCUCGAUCACAGUCUUCCAAAGCUGCUAUUCCUCCACCAGUAUAUGAGGAACAGGAUAGACCAAGAUCUCCAACCGGGCCUAGCAACUCUUUCCUUGCUAACAUGGGUGGCACAGUAGCACAUAAGAUCAUGCAGAAGUAUGGCUUCCGAGAAGGCCAGGGUCUGGGGAAGCACGAGCAGGGGCUGAGCACCGCAUUGUCAGUGGAGAAGACCAGCAAGCGGGGCGGCAAGAUCAUUGUGGGUGAUGCCACGGAGAAGGGCGAGUCUCAGGAUGCAUCCAAGAAGUCAGAUUCAAAUCCAUUAACUGAAAUACUUAAGUGUCCUACUAAAGUGGUCCUACUGAGGAACAUGGUUGGUGCAGGAGAGGUAGAUGAAGACUUGGAAGUUGAAACCAAGGAAGAAUGUGAAAAAUAUGGCAAAGUUGGAAAAUGUGUGAUAUUUGAAAUUCCUGGUGCCCCUGAUGAUGAAGCAGUACGAAUAUUUUUAGAAUUUGAGAGAGUGGAAUCAGCAAUUAAAGCUGUUGUUGAUCUGAAUGGGAGGUAUUUUGGUGGAAGGGUGGUAAAAGCAUGUUUCUACAAUUUGGAUAAAUUCAGGGUCUUGGAUUUGGCGGAACAAGUUUGAUUUUAAGAACUAGAGUCAUCUCUGAUGAUCCUUAAAUGAGCUGCAGACUGAGCAAAGACAAAAAGUCAAUGGCCUCUGUGGCUGUUGAAUACUGAGACUCUUGGAAGGACUUCUAAGAUAUAUGUUGAUUGAUUUCUUUUUUAUUUUGUGAUUUUUUAAUAUAGUAUAAAAAUACUUUUAAAAAUU